CACAUUUUAGUAGCUAAUCAAAACAUUUCACUAUUAGCCCAAAGCACCCCUUUUCCCAUUGUGCAGCAAGAAAUGUGGCUACCGCUUGGAAUGGUCUUCCAGCCAAGAACACAAGCACUGUACAGUGUGUGUGUGUGUGAGUGUGUGUGCGUAAUGCCAAACGUCUAUCAACAACAGAACCGUGCGCUUGUCUCUGCUUUAGCGCACAAGGGGAGGGUGAGCACACCCCCGUUCAUCUCUACGAGGACAAUCAGCUCUAUUGUGUGUUAAUAAUCAUGGUUUUGUUGCCGCUGGCAAGUGUACCACUCAGUUCAAGGCUGCAACAAUUUGUGUGCUUUUUUCGGGUUGUUCCAAAAGUCAACAUCCCUAACCUAAUUGUGUCCAUGCACAAUCGUCGUGGACCCCUAUCCUGUUUUUUUUUACAAAGGCACAUUGUACACAGGUCAUUCCCGGUUUUGGGAAGAUCAUAGAGCGCCACCAUUUUCUUAGCAACCAGCUUCCUUCAAGGGCUGGCUGUGUGAUUUUUCCCAGCCUCCUGGGUAGGCAGCUUGUCCGGUUUGCUGCAGCCACCCAAACCAACCUAAACACCGCGCUGCAGAGAGGGAGACGCUCCUGGGUAAUAUGACACUUGUCACGAAAAAAAAUCCCUACACACUACACACUGGCCUGCCUAAUUAGACCUACUACUGCUGAGCCUAUUCAAUACGAAGGGAAGGUGUAAAGGAGGGAAGACAGAAGGUCGGAGGGAUUGUAAUGUCAUGUACUGUUCGUAGUAGACAAGUGGCGUUGGCAUUAGCAACAACACGCCAGAUCGAGCGUUGGCUAGAAAUGACUGUGCUUGUACGUGUGUGCGAGCCCGUGUCCGUGUAUGUGUGUGUGUGUGUAUCAUUCGGUCUAAUGUGUGCAAAAAGCGGUGCACAGAAGUGUGGGCCACACUUGUGCACACCGUUAGUGUUCAUUAGGAAUUGCAAUCCCUCCUUCCCUUGUUCCUUUGGGUCGUGCAAGAUACGAGGAUGUGUCACGGCCACAAGGAUCGUUAUUGUGCCAAGUGGUUUGGAGUCGGUGGAGUGAAAGUGAAGACGUUGUGUGUGUGUGUUUAAUCCCGCCGAGGUCGGCAGUGUUGUGUUUAUUUUUUAGCUCGAAAGUUCGGUGCAACGGUGACUGCUGACUUGCUAAUUACUUCCACGCAGAGGUGUCAUUGGGGAAGGCCGCGAUUGGGAAAAGUUGAUUUCUGUUUUCCCUUUUCCCCAUCAACCCGAGCAAGUGAAUUCACACCAAAGUGCAAGUGCUCUGUCGCUCUCUUUCUCUCUCUCUCUCUGUUGUGUGCGCGUGUAUGUUUGUAUGUGUGUUGUGCUGGCAGGGUUAGUGUGAGGCAGCAGUAACUUCUUCCCACCCGUCCAGUGCCGCCUCAACAUCGGGCCACACGUACACACAGACCGUCACCUACUCCCAGUGACAGCGGUAGCGGAGGAGCGACAGCAGAGGAGGAAACAAGGGCCAUUCGUUGUUCAAAAAAAAAUCUAAACACGACGAACGGGUCAUUAUCCUUCCACUUGCAAGCGAAACCGUGCACACUUGUCUCUCUACCCCGCCAGGCUGCUCGUUCCAAACAUCCCCCACCCAUCAGUUGGUAACGUGGAAAGUGAAGUGAUCAUAUAGGGCAGCACCACCACCAAUCCAAUCCCAUACACCCAAUUCCCCCACGGCACCCAGAACGUCCUUCCAGAGUCACCGGAAGCACCAUCCCAGGAAUACCGGGAGACGAGUGGGGACGCGUGUACGAGUGUGAGAGAUAAGGAGGUAGGAACACGCACAGCAGAAGGAGUGCAGACACGACAGGACGACAAACAGAGAGAGAAAGAGAGGAGAGAACUAGGCCAUUCAUCAUGUUUACGGGUACGCUGCGGUUGAAAGUCUGCGAGGCGAUCGGGCUGCGGCCGACGGACUUUCAGACACGGCACACGAUGACAUUUGGCCGGCUCGGUGAUCAGCUCAUCGAUCCGUACGUGUCGAUAGAUGUCGACGAGAAGUUCAUUGAUCGGUCCACCACAAAGCCACGUACCUUCGAUCCGGUGUGGAACGAGAGCUUCAUACACGAGGUGGAGAACGCGAACGUGCUCGGGAUGACAAUCUUCCACGAAGGGCCGAUCACGGACGUGUUCGUGGCUAACACGACAAUAGCGUUCGAUGAUCUGGUCACCCGCAACGAGUCGGAGCAGCAGGAUUUUUGGGUCGAUCUCGAACCGCAGGGCCGGCUGCACGUGAAGAUCGAUCUCCGAUGGACGCAGGACGCCAACAAUGUAGCCUCGCAGAACUCGUGCCGCCGGGCAGUCGUCAAGGAUCAGCCAUUUUUAAAUCGCCGCCGCGGUGCAAUGAGAAGGCGUGUUCAUCAGGUUAAUGGUCACAAGUUUAUGGCCACAUUCCUGCGCCAACCGACAUUCUGUUCCCACUGUCGCGAAUUCAUAUGGGGAUUAGGCAAACAGGGCUAUCAGUGUCAAGUGUGCACGUGCGUCGUCCACAAGCGGUGCCAUAGUUCGGUCGUAACCAAAUGUCCAAAGAAAAAGGAUGAGCAAACCAAACCGACACCAACGGAGGCAGCCCAGCGGUUCAAUGUAAAUAUGCCACAUAGGUUUUCAGUGCACUCGUUCAAGCGGCUGACGUUCUGUGAUCACUGCGGGUCGCUGCUGUACGGCAUCAUCAGGCAGGGGCUGAAGUGCGAGGUGUGCAGCAUGAACAUCCACCGGCGCUGCGAGGGCAACGUGGCGAACAACUGCGGCAUCAACACCAAGCAGCUGGCGGAGCUGCUGAACGAGAUGGGUAUCACCAUGGAUAAAACACCACCCCGUAGAUCUAAGGUAAGCGAGGUGCGGUGCUUGAUGAAGCAAAUGUUCCUGCUAACGCUCACUCAUUUCUCCUUCAUCUUCAACCAGUACUCUAACCAAACGACUAGUGAUAACCUAUCGAUGUCGGAGCGCUCGGACGAUACGAGCUCGCUGGACACGCUCUCGACCAAGAGCGGUGCGGAGGGCGAGCUGGGUGCCCACGGCGGCGGCGGCGGUGGCGGUGGACGGGGCGGAGCCGGCCACUCGUCCAAGGCGGGCGGGCCGACCAUGGGCAUGCUGGUGAACCUCGGCACCGACGACGACGGCAAUGCGCGGCCGAUGCCGGGCAAGGUGUUCCUGAACGACUUCAACUUCAUCAAGGUGCUGGGCAAGGGCUCGUUCGGCAAGGUGAUGCUGGCGGAGAAGAAGGGCACGGACGAGGUGUACGCGAUCAAGGUGCUGAAGAAGGACGUGAUCCUGCAGGACGACGACGUGGACUGCACGAUGACGGAGAAACGCAUACUGGCGCUGGCCGCCAAGCAUCCGUUCCUGACCGCGCUGCACUCGUGCUUCCAGACGCCCGACCGGCUGUUCUUCGUGAUGGAGUACGUGAACGGGGGCGAUCUGAUGUUCCAGAUCCAGCGGGCCCGCAAGUUCGACGAGCCGCGGGCCGCCUUCUACGCGGCGGAGGUCACGCUCGCGCUGCAGUUCCUGCACCGGAACGGCGUCAUCUAUCGCGAUCUGAAGCUGGACAACAUACUGCUCGACGCGGAGGGCCACUGCAAGCUGGCCGACUUUGGCAUGUGCAAGGAGGGCAUCACCGGGGACAACCUCACGUCGACGUUCUGCGGCACGCCCGACUACAUCGCGCCCGAGAUACUGCAGGAGCUCGAUUACGGCCCGUCGGUCGACUGGUGGGCGCUCGGCGUGCUGAUGUACGAAAUGAUGGCCGGCCAGCCCCCGUUCGAGGCGGACAACGAGGACGACCUGUUCGAGGCGAUCCUGCGCGAUGACGUGCUGUACCCGGUGUGGCUUUCCCGCGAGGCAGUCUCGAUUCUGAAAGGAUUUAUGACCAAAAAUGCGGCCAAGCGGUUAGGCUGCACCGAUGGGGAAAACCAGAUCCGCAGCCAUCCCUUCUUCAAGGAUAUGGACUGGGAGGCGCUGGAGCAGCGCAAAGUUCGACCACCAUUCCGGCCACGAGUGGUACCGAAAGCUUACCCCCUGUGGGAACCUGUUAGAACAUCAUUAACAGUUUUCGUUUUUCUCUUACAGCGAAGUGCGCGCGAUGCACUCAACUUCGACACCGAGUUCACCAAGGAGGAUCCCGUGCUGACGCCGGUACCGAACGAUAUCAUCCGAUGCAUCAAUCAGGACGAGUUUGCCGGCUUUUCCUUCACCAAUCCCGAGUUUGGGCCGGAAAGGAAAAUCGUUUGCUAAAGUAGUGGCGGCGCUGGCCCGCUCGUUGGAACGAUCUCUCGUAUGUGUUUAUCUUUGGAAAGUGUGUGUGUGUUGUGUGUGCGCGCGUGCGUGCGUGCGUGUACGGAAACGAGAUGGAAAGCAGUACUGGAAACUACUACUACUAUUACUACUACUGUUACUACUACUACACACAGCAUCGCAGAACGCACCUCCACCUGGCUCGUCACACCCCCCCUUGCAUUGGGCCGCUGCAUGAGGUUUUUGACUGACCGCCCCAGCCAGCACACGCAUUACACGCACGGCGGUUCGUUUCUGCAGGUCCAUCGAUCCACACCAACGGCAGUGCCUCUCCGUUAGUUGGUUGUUAUCGUGUCGGCAAAAUGGGAGACAAAAUGGUUUGCUUUGGAUGUAUGUGGUGAUGUGCACACACACACACACACACACACACAUUCGCACCAUUAGCGCAUCUUCCGUGUAUAGUUAAGAAGAUUUACCUUUCGUUGUUCACGCUGCAGUUCUGGGUUUUUAAAGUGCAAAACAACACUGAAACAUCCACUCCGGGGAGUUUGGAUGAUGAUGGUGCAUCAUCAGGCACAGGAAAAUACGUCCAAAAUGAAAGGAACAUAGAGAGCAAGAGAGAGAGAGAUAGAGAAAUGGAGAUGGAGGCAAUGUAAAAGCAGAUUCUUGAAAGAAGUAAAACGCGUGUACCUCGGCAGUGGUUACUAUCAUCCGUCGUGUGGAGUGGUGGAUUUAACGUUUAAGAUUGUUAGCGAACCAAGAAUAUGUAAGUGAUGUGUAAGGGUCGGUGGAGUGUUAGCCAGGACAGGUCAGAUAUGAUAUAUCAUUCUAUACGUGUUUUAAAUUAGUAUUAUUAUUAACAUCUUCCCGUUGUGGUUAGGUUGAUGUGUUAGUGAAUUUACGGUGGCAUCGCAUUCGGCAGUCAAAUGUGAAAUGUGCAAAAAGGGAGAGAGACAGCGCACGACAGCGCGGCAGCGGGAGGAACGUUCUAAACGGCACACUUUCGGCGCAUGUGUGUUACGUGUAGCCACGCGGUCACGGUCAGGCAGCUGUUCGAUUCUAACCAGCACAGCAUGGUGAAAAUGUUUUACUUCCCUAACAGGCAUUAACAAGCGUUACGUUAGCGAUCAAUACCAACAGUUAAGCUUGAUGUUAAUUCUAUCGUUUUGUUUUUGUUAUUAUUGUACGAUAAUGCUAUACAAUCUCUGUCUCUGAGUUUGAUGGUACUGCUGCGACUGCAGCUAGUACACCAGUGCCACUACGUAAUGCAAUCUCAUUGGAAUUGGUACACUACGUGCUAUCGUUAAAGCGAUUGGGCGCAUUAUUGGUAGGUGUUUUCUCUUUGUGUUCCAGUCUAGCAACACAUGUAUCAGUUGUUUUGUUGUUAUGUUAGCGCGCAACGUGCUUUUGUUUGCACGAGUACGGUUUUGUUAGCCCCGUGUUUGGGGAAUAUGCAAGCGCAAAACAUGGAAGGGUACGUUUUGUUUUCUGAAUUAAAAGUGUUUUGCAUCGCCGCAAACGAAAACGAACCAAACUGGCUGACUGGUUGUGUGUGGCCUGCGGCAAUGCACCACGUUUUGGGGUUUGAAAAUUUUCGCCUGAGAUUCGCAUUUACUCUAUCCUUGUAGCAGGGGUUCACACAAGCCGUGUGUCCGUAUUAUGAAGCGAUAUUUAGUUUGCUGUGGGGUAGCGGAUGUGUAUAGACGCACCGCUAUUCGAAUGCUAGUCAUUAUUAGCCCGUGCUACGUAAGCAAAAAUCAUCCCCACAAGUGCUAUAGACAAACUCCUUAUUUAAAUUGCGUUUAUUCCGUAAGUCGUUACUCUGCUAAGGCAACGUGCUGGUGCGUCAAUCAAUUACUCGUUCUAGAUGGUUUUUAUCGUUACUACUCGUGGUUUUUAUUAGUGUGUGUAACAUACCGCUACCAAAGAUAACCGGAAGGCGUUUGCCAGCAAGGCAAAACCCAUAGUCUCCAUCGCGGUGGUGCCCGAUAAUUGCAACUGUGCUUUAAUUUGUAUCGCGAACGCAAGAGGAAACUAAUGUUCCCAAAUCAAAAACCUAAACAAAAAUGAAAACUCACUCACAGAUGUCCAUGCUCCCUGCGAGCUUUCGCUGCGGGUGGGGUUGUGCGUUCAUGCGCUCGAAGCAAACAAUAAAGAAAGGAGCCAAUCUCUUAGUUAACGUUAUACUCCUUCGUUUUUCUGUUCAAACCUGCGGGACGGAGGCGCGUGGUGCGUGGAGGCGGAGGUGGUGGUGUUAGGGAGUGGUUUGUGGGUUCGUGCUGGAAUGACCCUUGCCAUAGGUUAGCUAAUUGUUAGUACACUAGAGAAAGGAUAUACGUGUUAUAACUGUGCAAAUCAGGUUGCAAAGUGUUUGCUGUAAAACGUGCAGUAUUCGGUUUUUCUUCUUCUUUUAAACCAACAACAAAAAAAAACAUAGCACAACUUAUUUAUAGUAAUCUUAAUGUGUAAUGGAUUGAUGUUGACUAGUGAGAGAAUGUUUAUUGUAGACAAGCGCGGGGAGGGGGGGGGGGGAAACAAGCAGUUGGCGUACAAAACCAAAGGCUUUGUUGCAUAUAGCUUGGACCGACCCCCAUGACCCCGACGGUGUGUGUGUGUGUGGCUAAGGAGACAGGCUGUUUUUACACAGGCAGGAUGGUGAUGAUGGGUGAGGGGAUAGAAGGAGAACAAAAACGGAUUCAUUUGCUUUAGCCCAGCGUUAACCUUUCUUCCAAACAAAACAAACCAUAAAGCACAGCAACAAAAGUAAAACAAACUUGUGGCAUAUCUCUUUAUGUUUUUAAUUAUAACCACAAAUGAGAACAAGUGUAACAUACAUUAGUAAGGCGUCAUAUACACACACACGCGCGCGCGCGCAAGCAUAAAUAACGUAUAGAAUGUCCUUUGCGUUUUGUUACAAUUGUGUCAAUCAAAUGUGUAAACAAACAAACAACCGCAACAAAACAAAAACAAACCAAACAAAGUAUGUAGUGAUGGGCUUCUUCGCCCGUGGCACUCAAUAGGGCAAUAUGUUUGUAUUUAGUUGUUACUAUCGGUUAAACGUGUUUCGUCGUUUCGUGGUACGUUUUAUUGUGAUUGUCACAUGUGUGUAGUACAGCGACGUCUGGGUGUUGGGAGUUGUCGGAAAGAGAGAGAGAGAGAGAGAGAGAGAGAGAGAGAGAGAGAGAGAGAGAAAGAGCGCGCAA